ACGUACGAUCCGCUAGGGGUGAACUCGUUCCCUGCCGGCCGCCGCUCGCUCCUCACCCGUCGCCGUCGCCGUCGCCGUCGCCAUCGCCCUCUCCUGGUCCCGGCCUCCCAUCUCGUCACCGCAGGGCGCAGGUGCGCACCAGCACACGCUCACCCGCGCCGCCCAGCUGCACACGCUCGCCCGCGCCGCCAACCUGCACACGCUCGCCCGUGCCGCCCAGCCGCUCACCCGUAGCCGUCGCGCCCUCCCGGACACCCAGUCCCGGUCCUCCAAGAUUCAGAUCAGUGUUUUGCUGGCACCAUGUCCAGUCCGUGGAGCCCUAUGAGUAUGGAGGAAGACGAAGAGAUCCAAGAGCUUGACGCCGAGGAGCAGCAGGGUGGUGAGCAGCCGCAGCAGGGUGAUGGGCAGCGGCCGGAGUCGACAGCUGAAGCAAGGGCGCAACAAACCGGAAAGAAACGCGCAAGAUCAGCGGCCAAUUCAUCUACUAAUCCGUCAAAUUCUCGUAAACCUGAGGCAAAGGUAAAGGUUGAGGAAAGUGCACCAGGAGCUGCGACAGGAGUGAUUCUGUCUCUUCGUGAAAGUUUACAGGACUGUAAACAGAGCCUUGCAUCCUGCCAGGUGGAACUGGAAACUGCAAAAUCAGAAAUCGAGAAGUGGCAUUCAGCAUUUCAGAGCAUUGCAGCUGUACCUUCUGGUACCAGUCCAGAUCCUGUUUCGGUGGUGUCUUACCUCAGCAACUUGAAGUCAUCAGAGGAGUCAUUGAGGGAGCAGCUGGAGAAAGCAAAGAAAAGGGAGGCAGCUUAUAUAGUAACAUUUGCAAAACGAGAGCAGGAGAUUGCAGAACUGAAGUCUGCAGUUAGAGAUUUAAAAACACAAUUGAGGCCACCGUCAAUGCAGACAAGGAGAUUAUUGCUUGAUCCAGCAAUUCACGAGGAAUUUACACGUUUGAAGAAUCUUGUGGAGGAGAAAGAGAGAAAAAUAAAGGAGCUACAGGACAAUGUUGCUGCCGUCAAUUUUACUCCAUCCAGCAAACUGGGAAAAAUGCUAAUGGCUAAAUGUAGAACAUUGCAAGAGGAAAAUGAAGAGAUUGGGGCGAUGGCAUCGGAAGGAAAAAUCCAUGAGCUUGGAAUGAAAAUUGCAGUUCUGAAGUCUCAGAACAAUGAGCUCAGGAAUCAAUUUGAUGUUUUGUAUAAACACAUGGAUGGUGUAACAAAUGACGUGGAGAGAUCAAACGAAAUGGUGUCGAUCCUGCAAGAGCAGUUAGAAGCUAAGGAUUUAGAGCUAGCUAGAUUGAAGGAGACGCUUUCCCAGAAAGAAGGUACCCAAGAUGCACCGGUGGAAGAGAGAGACGAAGCUGGAGAUGAUCAGAAGGCAGCUUCAGACCCACUGCAAGUGAAAGUGGAAAGUUAAGGGAGUUUAGGCUUUGAUGAAGUGUGUUUGUUGAGACUCCCGAUGUGCGAAAUGUAAUAGCAUACUAAACUUUGUGAAACCGGGUACAGUAAAAAACAUUUGGGUGUUAUUGGCAGGUGGUUUUACUGAUCUGACCCGUUGGGGCUAGCUUU